AUGGCUGCAUCUUCGUCCCCAACACGGAUUACUGACUCAGGCAAUGGCAAUGACUCUAUUUUUGCAGCGGACGAUGAUGUUCCUGUUAACCAGAAAAGAAGCUUCAAUGGCGUGCUGAACAAGUACAUUCACGUCUCGGAGACGUCCAGCUCUUCAAUCCCAGCAUUAGAGACGAAAGGACAAUCAGACGCACUGGAUGCCCAGCGUAUCCCGAAACGACGCCGAGGGCCCAUCUCCACCACUACAACGACAACAGUAUCGACCACCGUCACCACCUCAGAACUCUCCAUUCCCCAACGCAUCACCCGUUCGAAAUCCCGCUCCGCAACACCAGCCUCACCAUCUCUCGCAUCCCGAUCCGAUUCUCCCUCUACUACCCUGCCCAGCACCCCCGAGCGACGACGACCAGGACGCUCCCGCGGCUCUACUCCUCGAAAGACAUCCUCCCCUUCCUCGCUCCCGACUUCACUCCUCCGAGACACCAUCCCACCGAACCUAACGCUCCUCCUCAUCGGCGUCAACCCCGGAAUCAUGACUGGAACAACGGGCUUCGCCUAUGCGCACCCAUCAAACCUAUUCUGGAAACUCCUUCACUGGUCCGGGAUAACUACCGUCCGGCACCCGCCCUCGGACACCUACCGGCUCCCAGAGCUCUACAACGUGGGAAACACGAACAUCGUCGAGCGGCCGACUCGUGACGCGAGCAUGCUCAGUAAAGCGGAGAUGGACGCUGGUGUGCCGAUUCUCGAGGAAAAGAUUUCCGCGAAGAGGCCCGAGGCCGUUUGUCUGGUUGGUAAGAGCAUUUGGGAGAGUGUUUGGAGGGCGAGGAAGGGGAGGGCUAUAAAGAAGGAGGAGUUCCGGUAUGGGUGGCAGGAUGAGGCGGAGAAUAUGGGUAGGUGUGAAGGGUGGAAUGGGGCCAAAGUCUUUGUGGCUACGACGACGAGCGGGCUUGCAGCGGGAAUGUCGCUUGUGGAGAAGCAGGCUGUUUGGAAUGAGUUGGGGAGCUGGGUAGUUAGUCGACGUGAGGCUCUAGCUCGAGCUCGAGCACAGGCCCAGCCUGAGACUGGGACUGAAAAUGAAGUUGAGCCUCAGACACAGGACUAG